UUAUUUCAUAUACAUGUACAAAUGUACAUAUAUUUCUAUUUCAGGAAUGUAGUCAUCAGUUCUCGGAUGAAGAAUUAUUACGGAGAAAGGUUCAAUCCCUGAUGGAUUGUUUCCUUGAGUCUUUCACAACACCUACACUACAGAUUGAUAUUAAUGGAGAGUUACAACAGAAGACGGUACGAUCUGCACAGAGGUACCUCUCUGGGAAAGAAGUAUUCUCUAACAUAUUUGAUGAGGCUCAGCUGAGUGUAUUUAAGGAGUUGCUGCCGUACUGGGCUGGUUUCAGGAAAACAUACUCCCCUCCUGAUGAUCCCAAUAAAAAACCUGUCACCAAAUAUCAGAAGAUGUUAAAGAAGCGUAUGGAAUCUAUAGAUAACUAUGUCAUCCCACCAAACGAGUUUCAACUGCCAUCCAUACCAGAGGGCGCCAUAGCGGCCUUCACUUUCUCAUUGUCAGACGGUGUGAAAUUGAGGUAUCUAGAGAGAGAUGGUUUAAGUGAUGAUGGAUACCAGGAGCUGACACAAGGAGAGGAAAAUAAUUUAGCAUAUGUGAUGGACUCGAGUACCCGAGGCAGUAAAACAGACAUACUGAGUAAAAACCGUGCCAGCAUUAGUUCAGUGAACAACCCAAGUAGCACCUCGUCAAAGAAAGAGAACAGCUCAUUAUCAGCCAAAUCGUGAUACCAGACAAAUUUAUUUAUGCCUAAUGUUUUAUGUUGUCUUACAACAAUGAAAACUGUCAUCUACAAAUCUGAAAACUGUCAUCUACAAAUCUGAAAAUUGUUGUCUGCAAAUCUGAGAACUGUUGUCUGCAAAUCUGAGAACUGUCAUCUACAAAUCUGAAAACUGUUGUCUGCAAAUCUGAGAACUGUUGUCUGCAAAUCUAAAAAAACUGUUGUCUGCAAAUCUGAAAACUGUUGUCUUUAAAUCUAAAAACUGUCGUCUGCAAAUGUCAACUACAUUAUGAAAGACUGUCUUGCUUCCAUCUGCAGCAAUAUAAGACAUGAUACAAUAAAGAAAUUCUGAUUCUCUGUAUAAUUUAUCGACAUCUGCUGGAAAUGAAAAUUUUAGUCUGUCACUACAGAAGACAGGGAUAUACUAAAAUGCUUGCUUCUGAAAUGCUGUUUUAAUACUAAGUCUGUAUAACUGUCAUAUGCUGCAACCGAAAACAGUUGUAUAAUACAUUGGUACAUGUACUGAAC